AAACACCCCCGUCCAUCCAACGCAAAGGACCUCGACUUUAUUAUCUGACUGCCACCCAAGCGCAUGACUUCAAAGUGUGUUUCCAGACUGUUUGGUCUAUGUAGCUUGCUCUAAUACCCAAAUAGCGUGGCUUUGGAGUGUUUGAAGGAUGCAACUGCAUUUUUCUCACAGCUGCUGAAAGGCUACAAAAAGGAUUUUAGACCAAGUGAAUCAUUUCCAAUAAACCGGAUACACAGUAAAAAAAAAAAAAAAAAACUUUGACCGAUCUUCCAUGAUAAACAGCUCUAUAUUCAUUUUAUGGACUAUAUAUCAUCUUAAUCACACGGCCUCCUGAGACUUUGUAUCCGUGAAGUGAGCAGACAGGAAUCAAGGCAUGCGCUAGAGGAAAUGGAUAAUCCAUGUUGAUUCCUGUUUAGGGUAAGACUGGGAGCUGUUCAGACUGCACUCUGUGCUGUGCUGAGAUUGUCAGAAUCACAGCAAGAGAGGAAACAGUGGAAGAAUAAACACAGUGUUAAGUCUAAGCCAGUGAUGUCUUCUGAAGACGGGCCAAAUGCUCGGGAUUCCAAAGGCUCUGAAAUUCAGCAGUCGUGGUUGACGCUGCGAUCUCGUUAUCCGAGAUCGGAUUCAAACGGGCCGAGAGACGGCAAAAAAAAAUGUAAAAAAUAAUCGAAAUAAAACGGAUGAAGCUCAGACGAUUAUGGACUCCGGUUUCAGGAGCUGCAGGUGGAGAGGGAAGCCAUGCUGGUGAUUAAUCGAAGUCUCGCAGAAGAAAGCCUUGCACAUCGGCCCCGGCUCCAGAACGGUAAAAUUCAAUUGGCUGCUAAGUACGAGGAACUCGCAAAGCUGGCCGCUUCCUACAGGGAAAAGCAAAGCCGACUCGAGACCCACAUCCAGAAGCGCGGUCCACAGACGGCUCAGAAUCUCCUACAAGAUGAGGUGGCACGUGCCGAGGAUCAAUCUGAGGAGCUUCUGAAGAGAUUCAUGGAGGGCCAAGUCCCGCUGGAGGGCUUCCUGGACUCUUUCCAGAGCUUCAGGAAGACGUAUCACGUCCGCCGGGCACAGGUUGAGAAGAUCCAGGAGCUCAACCGGCCGGGGAGGAAGCAGACCAAGCGCUCGGAGGAGGAUGAGGAGGAGGCGGAAGAGCAGAAGAAAAAGGAUCAGGGGUCAAAGGAGCUCCGGCCCAACGGCAUUACCUCCCACGGGUCGGCACGCAUCUUCCAGGUGCGUUAUGGCCUCACGCCGGCCAUCCUGGUACCCCUGUCUACGUCCUCGGCUCCACCCACUAGCUUGUCUCCUCUGGACUCGUGCCCAGGACAGCGCCAGGCUUUAGGGCACGGUGCCCCUCAUCCGUGCCCUGGGCAACCUGUGGGCCUCAGAGUGAUAGGACAGUUACCAGGCUGGCCGAUCAGACCGGUGCGGUUACAGCAGCUCUAUAGGCCCAGUCCACAUCAGCAUGAACCUCCAUAUCGAUAACGUCCAAACACUGUGCAGCAUUAAUGUCUGACUUGAGACCUUUGGGUUAAUGUAAACAUUUUCAUCGGUCAACACAAAGGUCGCUUUCAUCCGCCUAAAAAAAAAGGGAGAUGAUUGGAAAGCCAUAAAAUGUCUUGUCUAUGUUGUGAACAAGCCAGUGGAUUACACAACUCCAGGGCGUCUCUGUCAUUGUUGCCUGUUUGUGUCGUUUUGUUUUCUUCCUGUCCCUUUUGUCGGGAUAUGGCUGCUGCUUUUGUGAAGGAAUGAGAGUCGUUAAGACACUGAUUUCUGACUGGAAGGACUUGUUUGAUGCCAAUGAUGUUCUGAGAAAUGCCAGGCUAAUGAUAUUGCCUUGUUAUGGUGAUGAUAAUGAUCAAUAAAGUCCUAUUAUAAUGUUUAUUAUAAACCAGUA